UAAGGUGGGGCCGAGCUGUCGUGAGGCACGCCGGCGGGCGGGUGCGGUGUCUGCGCUGUCCGCUCCGCCGGGUGUCAUUGGGCUCCGAGAAACGGCGCCGAGGGCAUCGCGGGCGGCCUGGUGUCCGGCACGGCCAUGGCGGGCGCGCUGGUGCGGAAGGCGGCGGACUAUGUCCGGAGCAAGGACUUCCGGGACUACCUCAUGAGGUCAAAGUCAUUGUUAGAAAUAUCACUGGAUCUUCUCAAGACAAAAGAAGAGUACGUGCUGCUAGUGUUGUCGUUCUGUUACUGAACUUGGACGCAUGUAUGAGGCUGACGUAACGGAAACCUUUCAAAGCAUCUGAUCUUUUUGUUUUCCCCGCAUGUCUCUCCUGUCUGAACCUCGGUGACGCCUCACAAAACAGCACGCACUUUUGGGGCCCAGUAGCCAACUGGGGUCUUCCCAUUGCCGCCAUCAAUGACAUGAAGAAGUCUCCGGAGAUUAUCAGUGGGCGGAUGACAUUUGCCCUCUGCUGUUACUCCCUGACGUUCAUGAGAUUCGCCUACAAGGUGCAGCCUCGGAACUGGCUUCUGUUCGCCUGCCACGCCACAAACGAAGUAGCCCAGCUCAUCCAGGGCGGACGGCUGCUCCGGCACGAGAUGUCUAAAAAGGCCUCAGCAUAACAAUGGAAAAUGAAGAGCCGGCAUUUUGAAGGGAUGGCAUUGCCAGCCGCGGCUGCUCAGUCACAGGUUUCAUCAUAAUGAACAGUCUUGCUAAGAAAAAUAUGCGGAAUGCUAUCGUUACUAACCAGACUAUUUUUCUAGAAAUAGCAGGGAGUUCCUAAACCUACUCUCUGCUGCCUUACAAGUACUGAAUAUUUUACUUCUCUUCAGAAAGAGUAGCUCAAAUAUGCAAUCAAUUUAAUACUUCCCAAUGAUGGUUUUAUCUGCAGUAAUAUGUAUAUUAUCUGUUAGAAUUUACUUAAUGAAAAACUGAAGAGAACAAAAUUUGUAACCAUCAGCAUUUAAGUACUCAGAAAUCGUGACCUUUCGUUUAAUGACCAUGAAUGAGACAGCUGACUGCUGGCCACAUACCUAAAAUCACAUUGCCAGUGUUUGAAAAGGUAUUUGUAUUUCCAUGCAGUGUGUAUAUUGAAAUGCUGUAAAUUAAUGGCAAUAAAUGAUUUAAGUGUUUGUCAAA